AUGCUCUAUAGUGUCGAAGUCUGUGCGGACGCCCUAAGACACAAAUUCCACAAGAAAAAGCUUGUGACGGUACAGAGGAAGGAAGCCUUAAGAGUGGCAUGUGCUUAUAGAUCCGUAUCCGGUCCGGCGGUGUUGGUCAUAGUCGGAUGUACCCCAUUGACCUUCUUGCCACCGAGAGGAAAAGGAUAUAAGAGGCCAAGAGGACAAGUAACGACAAGGCUAACGCGACCCGGGAAAGGCAACAAACGCUUCUCAAAUGGGAGGAGCGAUGGGAGGAGCGGUGGCAGGCAGAGAACGGGACAUGAGGAUGUGAACUAUUACAUCACCCAGUUCCUCUCUGGUCAUGACUACUUCAAUGCCUAUUUAUUCCGUUGGAAAAGAAAACCUAGCCCUAACUGUGACUACUGCCCAAACGAGGCGGACGAUGCAGAACACGCGUUCUUCAGGUGCACUAGAUGGGCAGCAGAAAGGCGUGUCCUGGAAGAAGAGAUCGGUGUUAGUGUUACGCCGUCAACGUCGGAGCUCUGUUGA